AUGGAGUCCCUCAUUCUACUUGUGCUCAUCAUCCUCCCCGCCAGCGUGCUCAUCUACAAGCGGCUUACCCCCCGUAACCUCCCCCCAAGCCCACCAGGUGACUUCUUCCUCGGCCACCUGCGCCGCAUCCCCUCCUCGCACGCAGAGUACCAAUACGCGAAAUGGUCGCGCACGUACAACAGCGACAUCCUCAGCCUCCGCAUGCUCACGCGCUGCGUCAUCGUCGUCAACAGCGUCGACGCGGCGCACGCCCUGCUCAAAAAACCUACAGCGGCGGAUCGUCCACGCUUCGCCCUCUACGAGAUCAUGGGCUGGGGCAUCACGCUCACCUUCCUGCGGUCCUCGUCCCCACGCUUCAAGCUCCACCGCCGCCUCCUGCAACGCUCCUUCAGCCCAUCCAUGUGCAAGGACUACCGCCCGAUCCAGAUGCAGGAGAUCCGCGCGGCGGUCGCGCAGAUCCGCAGCCAUCCGGAGACCUGGGAAGUGAGCCUACGGCGGUUCGCGAUCGCGGUGGUCAUGCGGAUUGGGUUUGGGAUGGACUCGGCGCAGGCGGGCGGGUUUGUGGACCUGGCGACCGCUGUCGAGGAGGCGACGGGGCGCGGCGGGGUGCCCGGGUUCUCGGUGGUGGAUGCCGUGCCGGCGCUGCGGUGGAUUCCGGUGUGCGUGGCCAAGCGGGUUGGCAUGUUAUGGGGGCUGGUGCAUGCGCAGCAGAUGCGGGGCGCGGUGGAGGAGUUCCAUAACGGGCCGUGGGGGAUGAUGGAGGAGAAACUCCGGGCUGGGACGGGGGAGACGGGCAGUUCGUUCCUGGGGAUGCAUCUGCGGGAGGGUAAGGUCGGGGUGGAGGAUCUCAAGGGAGCGGCGGGCACGAUUGCCAUUGCGGGCGGGAACACGACGUUCGCGACGAUCGUGGUGUGUAUCCUGAACCUGAUGCUGCAGCCGGGGGUGCAGGCGCGGGCGCGCGCGGAGCUGGACGGCGUGCUGGGUGUGGAUGCGCGCGGGCUCCCGCUGCGGCUGCCGACGUUCGAGGACCGCGAGCGGCUGCCGUUUCUGGAGCGCGUGAUCCAGGAGACGACCCGGUGGGCACCGCUGUCGCCGCUGGGGAUCCCGCAUGCGAUGUCGGCGGAGGAGAGCGUGGGCGGCUUGACGAUCCCGCGCGGGGCGGUGGUGUAUGCGAACGCGUGGGCGAUGACCCAUGACGAGCGGGUGUAUGCGGAACCCGAGCGAUUCGACCCGGACCGUUAUCUGCGCGGCGAGCCGCUGCCCGAGGGCCCCUUUGGGUUUGGGCGGCGCGUAUGUCCCGGGCAGCACCUGGCGCUGACGGGGGUGUACAUUGCCAUGGCGACGCUGCUGGCGACGGUGAGCUGGCGGUGCCCGGUAGACGAGGCGGGGAGGGAGAAGAGGCCCGAGGUGCAGUUCUCGGACGGGCUGAGCGGCGUGCCAGAUCGGUUUGAGUGUGAGAUGCAGGCGAGGGAUGCAGAGUCUAAAGAGGUGCUAUGA